AUGUACGCAGAAGCCCCACAACAACCCAAGCCUUGGGCAUGGACACCUCUGAUCGAGAGUCGACCACUUUCGGAAGCAGCAGGAUGGUAUGUCUCCCACUUUACAGUCUUCCUUAAACUGGACAACCUGCAGCCGUCGGGAUCGUUCAAGUCUCGCGGUGUUGGCAACUACGUCCUCCAACGUGCCGCCGAACGCAUCUCAGCAACUGGAGUUCCCAAUGCCACACACUUCUAUGCAGCCUCAGGUGGUAACGCAGGCAUUGCCUGUGUUCACGCUGCCAGAACACUAGGAUAUCCCGCCACAGUCGUUGUGCCUAAGAGUGCUAAGCCAGUCAUGAUUGCAAAGAUCUGGGCUAUGGUUAUCCAGCACGGCUCUACGAUCGCUGAAGCACAAGAGUACAUUCUCAACACUCUUNUGCCAGCUGAUCCAACUGGUGUUUUCGUUCCCCCUUUCGACCACCAAGACAUCUGGGACGGCAAUGCAACUGUUAUGCAGGAGAUUGCUUCUCAACUUGGUGAUAAGCCUGAUGUCGUCGUCUGCAGUGUCGGUGGCGGUGGUCUUCUCAACGGAAUCAUGCAGGAGUUGGACCACAAGAAGUGGAACAACGACGUGCAGGUCCUGGCCAUGGAGACCAAAGGAGCAGACUCAUUGAGCCAGAGUCUCAUCUCAGGUCAAAUUGUCACUCUCCCCAGAAUCACAUCACAAGCCACCAGUCUCGGAGUCGUCAGAGUCGCAGAGAAGACUUACGAAUAUGCUCAGAGGCCCAACGUCACGAGUGUUGUGCUCACUGACGAACAAGCUGCCAAGGGCUGUUGCUUGUUGGCUGAGCACGAAAGAAUGAUGGUCGAGCUGACUGUGGGUGUCAACGUCCCUGUCUGCUUCGAUGGUUUCCUACAGAGUCUAUUGGCCAACAAGAAGACAAUCACCAAGGACAGCAAGGUUGUCUUGGUAGUCUGUGGCGGCAACGACAUCUCACUGGACAUGCUCAUGGCCUGGCGUAUGGCCAUGGUCGGUGAGGAGACCGUUCAAGAGAACACUACAUCCAUGACCGCAAGAGUCGGAGCCACUGGAGUAACAGCUUGA